AUGACUACAGGGUCAUUGGGUCUUCGAUCUUCAGGCAGUUAUGGUUCAUUACAGCAAUUUCAAAAUGGUUCCUUAUUUUUCCCAAUUCAGACUACACCGCCUACCUCUCGAAAGCCUCCUAAGACGGUUAAGGAUAAAGAUAAGCUAAUCCUUUGGAUGAUUAAGUUUGCACAGAGAAAGAAGAUUGGGAUGCUGCUCUUGUGCCUUGUUUCCUUAGCUGUUUUCAUGUGGGUUUUGAUUGUUGGCAAAGAUGCUCCAGAGAGUAUUAUUCCCAACAUAUAUAUCGUGCCCGGGCCAUUAUCCGACGAGAAUGUUGAUGUGAAUGGAAAUUUCUCUUCACAAAUUAUGGCUGUCAAAGCAAGUACAGAAAAUACUAUACAACCCGUUUUCUUUACGGGAUACAAACUUCCACCUGGAAAUCCAUGCGAGCAUUUCACAUUGCCUCCACCACCGACCGAUAAAAAGAGGACGGGCCCACGUCCUUGUCCUGUGUGUUAUCUGCCUUCCAGAGAUGCUGUUGCUCUCAUGCCAAAGGCACCGUCUUUUUCUCCCGUGCUCAAAGACUUGAAAUAUAUUCAUGAGGAGAAUUUAACUAAAUCCGAGUUUGGAGGCUCGGAAUUUGGUGGAUAUCCCUCAUUGAAUCAGAGGAGUGAUUCGUAUGAUAUACAAGAUUCGAUGAGUGUGCAUUGUGGAUUUGUGAAAGGAACAAAGCCAGGUCAUAAGACGGGCUUCGACAUUAACGAAUCUGAUCUCCUCGAGAUGGAAAAUUGUUGGGGGAUCAUUGUUGCAUCGGCAAUAUUUGGGGCAUUUGACUUAAUACGGCAGCCAAAGGGUAUCAGUGAGCAUGCUCAGAAAAAUGUGUGCUUUCAUAUGUUUGUGGAUGAAGAAACUGAGUCUUUUUUGAAGAAUUCAAGUGCACUUAGCAUUGAGAAGAAAGUUGGGCUGUGGAGAAUUAUAGUUGUUCACAAUUUGCCAUAUUCUGAUCCGAGACGUAAUGGAAAGAUUCCUAAACUGUUGCUUCAUCGGCUUUUCCCCAAUGCUCGUUAUUCAAUUUGGAUCGAUGCAAAGCUAGAGCUCGUUGUGGACCCUUUUCAAAUUCUCGAAAGCAGAUUCUUGUGGAGAAAAAAUGCAAGCUUUGCAAUAUCAAGACACUAUAAGCGCUUCGAUAUUUUUGACGAGGCAGAAGCUAAUAAAGCGGCUGGAAAAUACGACAAUGCCUCCAUUGACUUCCAGAUCGAAUUUUACAAAAAGGAAGGCUUAACGCCAUAUUCCGAGCAAAAACUGCCUAUCACUACUGAUGUACCCGAAGGAUGUGUAAUAAUCAAAGAGCACAUUCCAAUCGCCAAUUUAUUUACGUGUCUGUGGUUCAAUGAAGUAGAUCGUUUUACGUCGAGAGAUCAGUUAAGUUUCUCGACCGUAAGGGAUAAGAUCCGCUCGAGGACCAAUUACACGAUAAAUAUGUUCUUGGACUGUGAACGUCGCAAUUUUGUGGUUCAGGGCUACCAUAGGGACUUGCUUGAGCAUCAGUCACAGCCAUCCGACGACAUAAUAACUCACAUCCGUCCUCCUCCCAAUCCACCCGUAAACCCGAACGAUUAUACUCUGAAAACAAAACCAGCCCAGUUUCUGGUGGACCCCAUCACAGUGAAUCCACGCCUGAAACUUCCUACCAGACGGGGGAAAGAGAGAAAGUCGAGGCACCACCGGAAAGCCACCAAUCCAAUUUUUGUCUAA